AUGUUUGCACUUCCACUGUCAACCCCAAGAUUUCCUUUUCGAGGAGUACUACAUUGCCUUGAUGUCUUUGAGCGAGAACUCGAACGCUAUGAGCGGGAAGGUGGUAAUGGCAACCCAUACAUUAUCUUUGUAAUGGGGGAUCGCGGUUUCCGUGACUUGGAAAACUCCCAGGAAAAACUCCUCAUCAAAUCUAUUGUAGAGUAUGAUGCUACAUCACACACUGCAUUAUUUAGGAUGGAGACCGCCAUUCAUGCUACUGCGGCGGCAGCGUUUUCCGACUCGAUCCUAUUAUGGACGUCAAAGUUUCCAGACCAUCAGCUCAUACACACCUCAACAAGUUCUGUACGAGGGCCUUCGGGCAAGAACAAAAGACCAGAUAGCGCCUGGAAACCGGCAAUACUGCAACACGGUCGAGACACGAAGUGGCCAUCUAUGGCCCUUGAGGCCAAAUGGAGUGAAAGACGCGCCAAACUCGAGCAAGAUAUGCGUUUUUGGAUUGAGGGCUCGGAAGGACAAGUCAAGAUUGCGCUGACAAUCUCUGUAUAUACUCGGGGAAGGAUAGUCAUUGAGAAAUGGGCCAUGGAUAACAACAAAACCAUUUUUACGGAACAGAAGAUGACUAUCGUCCGAUCCCCCGCGCCAAAUUGUCCUCGGAUCACCGGUCAACUGACUCUGCCUUUCGAGGAUGUCUUUUUGAAGACCAAAAAAUCCGGAGAGACCGAUUUUGUUUUAUCACACUCUCAGUUGGAGAGAAUUGCGGCGGAUAUUUGGGCCGUGCAGUAUACAGAGAUUGGGCGACGGAGCUGA